UCGUUGAGCGCUGAGAGGGCGUGGUUUGGGGGACUACGGGCCUUCCUGCUGGCUGAGAUUUUGGGGUCACUGGGAAAAGAAGUGGCCUGACCCAGUUGGGCGAGGCGGGGGAAGGGUGGCAUCUGUCUCGGGCCGACUGCGAUGUGCCAGAAGAAACUGCCCGAGUCCGCCCCAGACUCCUGCUCUCAUCCUGGGAGGAGUAACCCGCGUUUUUGUACGAAAAGAGAGUUCUUAAAACUAAAAAAGGCUCUUCACAGAGCAGAAGUGGGAUUCUGAUAAUACAGUUUAUUUCAAGAUGGCAACUGAAUCAAAGAAAGCUGCAGCUCAGAACCUUCAGGAGGAUGAAGGACUUCUGAUAGUGAAGAUGGAAGAGGAAGAUUUUGUCUGGAGGCAGGAUGCUUGCUUACAGAGGAAUGAUCCCCUCAGGCAGGAGCUCUGCCGGCGGCUGUUCCGGCAGUUCUGCUACCAGGAUUCUCCCGGGCCCCGAGAGGCACUGAGCCAGCUCCGGGAGCUCUGCUGUCAGUGGCUGAAGCCAGAAACCCAGUCCAAGGAGCAAAUCCUGGAGCUGCUAAUUCUGGAACAGUUUCUGGCCAUCCUGCCAGAGGAUCUGCAGGCUUGGGUGCGUGAACAUUACCCAGAGAGUGGAGAGGAGGCAGUGACCCUACUGGAAGAUUUAGAGAGAGGCACUGAUGAAGCUGUACUCCAGAUUCCAGCCUGUGGACAUGGACAAGAACCAUUCAGGAGAAAAGUGGCAACUCCUGGGCCAGCACUUAGUGUCCAGUUCCAGCCAGUGGACACCACGGCCCUCCAUGGUUCUUCAGAACCCCAGCUCCUACUGGACUGUGAUAACAAGAGUGAAAACAAUGAAUCCAUGCCAAAGCUGGACAUUUAUGAGAAAAUGGAAUCACAGAGAAUUGUAUCAGGAAGAAUUUCAGAAUUUGUGUCAGAAGGAUCUGCUGAGCCUCAAGACAUCUGUAAGUCUGCAGGCAAGAUAAAGAGGCAGCAGGAAAAAGACUCAGGGGAGUCUCGGAAAUCAUCAUCUGCUCAGGAUGCAGCUUUCAGUAAAAUCCUCACCCACAAAAAUACACUUACAGGUGAAAUAAGCCAUGAUGGCUGUGAGAGAAACUUAAAUCUGAACUCAAAUGAAUUUACACACCAGAAAUCUUGUAAACACAGUACGUGUGACCAAAGUUUCAAAUGGAAUUCAGAUUUUAUUAAGCAUCAGAGGAUUUAUGCUGGAGAAAAAAUUCACCCAUGUGGGAAAUCUCUCAAGAACCCAAACCUUAUUAAACAUGCAGCAGUUUUCACUGGCGAGAAGACCCAUCAGUGUAAUGAAUGUGGAAAAGCUUUCAGACACAGCUCAAAGCUUAUUAGGCAUCAGAGAAUCCACACUGGAGAGAGACCCUAUGAAUGUAAUGAGUGUGGAAAAGGCUUUGGGGGGAGCUCAGAUCUGAUUAGACACCAAAGGAUUCACACUGGGGAGAGACCCUUUGAAUGCAAAGAAUGUGGGAGAGCAUUCAGCCUGAACUCACAUCUUAUCCUGCAUCAGAGAAUUCACACCAGGGAGAAACCCUAUGAAUGUAGUGAAUGUGGAAAAACCUUCAGAGUGAGUUCACACCUUAUUCGACACUUGAGAAUCCACACUGGAGAGAAACCCUAUGAAUGCAGUGAGUGUGGAAGAGCCUUCAGUCAGAGCUCACACCUUAGUCAACAUCAGAGAAUUCACAAGAGGGAAAACCUGUUCAUGUAAAGAACUUAAAUUCAUAGGAAAUAGAACAGGAAAAAUAUUGAAUAAAUAAUAAAUAUCCGUUGAGAUGAAUGACUGAAA